AUGGGUAGCAUAACCCCCACCCCCUGUCCCACCCACCACUACUGGCAAACCAACAUCCCCUCCACAGCGCACACCGCGCACUGUCCGCCGGCCCUGCAAUCCCUCUCCGAAAAAGACAUCCACAUCCUGCUGACGCCCGACUCCGCCGCGCGCUCGCUCAGCUGGCCCGCCGUCCGCGACCUGAUCCGCACCAACCGGCUCGAUCUCUUCCAGCGCAAACCCUCGCAGCUGCGCAAAUAUCUUGAAUACUGCUACGCCAUCAAGCAAACCCACGGCUCCAUGAUGCGCUUUAUCCUCGACGAGAAACUGCAGUGGCACGAAUCCGAUUUGUGCGCGCGCCAUGCCCCGUUUCGGAAUGCGCAUGAAUAUAAAAUUUUAAUCAAUGAUUGGCCCUAUGGUAUUGAUGAGAAAAUCGUCCAUUUGGUCGUGUGGACGAAAUUCGCGCUGGAGGAUGAUCUAGAGACUGGGGAUACGAGGGAUGAUGUGAAGAGGGAAAUUCAGACGUGGGUGGAUCGCAUGUUUGGAGAGAAGUGUGGGCGUGAGAAUGUAAUUUGGUUCAGGAAUUGGCGAAGCUUGAAAUCGAUACAUGCGGUAGAGCAUUUCCACGUUAUGCUAUAUGACCCGGCUCCUGAAUUUGUGAAGAAAGUGACGGGAAUUAUUUGAACCUUGAGAAGCAGUGAAGUUGCAGUGAAGUUAAACACUAAAAGAAUAGAUUAAUCAUGGGCGGAGUUGAGAAUAAUGGUUACGGCGUUCACUCACAGAAUGGUAUUUAAUAAAGUGGCUCGGGUAGGUUAUAGAAUAAUCAGAUAAUAAACAUAAUAGUAAUUAGAAUAAUCAUAAACAAUUACAAGAAGAUGGUUUGACUCAUAGUCGUGGAUACACAAAUAGCUGAGAUUGUAUUUUCUAUUUUGUGACCUAUUCACAGCCUGGUGACGACCA